UCAGCUGCAAUCUUAGGCACAACAUAUCGAUAUACAUUAUUACAGGGACAUGAAUCUCACUUCUAUAUUUGUAUUACUAUUAAGAUUUAUAUAGCGAUAGCCAUCGCCACCUUAAUAGCAAAAGGAAACAUACUCGAAAAACUAAUGAUUAGCCCAGUCGUAUAA